GGCGACACCGCCGGAUCGACCCUUCGCUGACUUCACGCCUCACUCGCGAGAGUAAAUAUGGCAAAGUUAUUGGGGCUGGACAAGCUCGCGACGUUAUUUCGCACGGUGCGCGACCACGGCGGUAUUAUCGGCUCCGUCAAGACAAUCUUCAGGGUGGACGAGUUGAAGAGUGGCACCUUGAUCGGACAGGACAAAUAUGGAAACCGAUAUUACGAAAAUAAUAUGUACUUUAUAGGUCGUAACAGGUGGGUAAUAUACGCAGAUAGAGUUGGAUUCAAUUAUGACGGCUCGCAGGUUCCGGCCGAGUGGUUCGGUUGGUUGCAUUACAAGACGGAUUUGCCGCCGCACAAAGACCCGUCUCGGCCGAAGUACAAAUGGAUGAUGGAUCACCAACAGAAUAUGAGUGGCACUGAUCAAGCUUACAUGCCUUACAGCACUACGAAACCAAAGAUUGAGCCUUGGCGGCCGCCUAAGUGAUGCGCUGUCGGAGCGACAGUGAAACAUGAAGAGUAAAGUAGUUAAUUCAUAAGCGAUAGUGAGAUAAAAUAUUACUCAAUGUAAAUAAAAUGACUAUCAAGAUAAAAAGAUUAUGGAUAUUUAAA